AUGGAGAAAUACACGAAGUUCAUGAUCUACAACUGUGCAGAAUGGGCCCUGGAUUCCCUGCUCAACGGGCUAUAUUCAAAACCACCGUCCUACCUUGAGCGUAAUUCAACAUUCGUGCUGAUUACCAUGUCAGUGGACAAGGUCACAAGACUCGUGCGGCAGUCUGGUAUAGAGCGCAUGGACCCUUCCGAUCCAGAGCUAUCCAGCCGCACCGAGCGCCUCAAGAAGUCGUGUUGCUCGGCAUGCCAACCCACCUGCCUUAUGUGCUGGAUCGUGUUGUCGUUCAUUCGGCUCAGGUACUGGAAGGUGAGCCAGGGGCACAACUUUGUCCAGCUGGAUCGAUGGGGCAACUGGUGCGACAUACCGCUCUUGCCAAUCGACGCGCUCCGGGACGAAAUGAACCGCCACACGGAAUGGAGGUCGAUCCUGGAACAGCAGCAGGCUCAGUCGGUGCCAUCGGACCUGGCUGCUGCGCGCCCAGUGCCACCAGCAGUCGCUGGCCCCUCUGGUCCGCCGUCCGCUGGCCCCUCUACGCGUGCAGCCCCGCCAGUCGCCGGCCCCUCCCGUCCGGCACCCGCCGGCCCCUCCACCCGCAUACCCCGUAGCAGUUGA